GAUAAAGAAAUUAAAAUGAGUUCAGAUAAUGGCCCAUCUGCUGAAUCCCAUUAAAUUUUUGUUUAAAUAAGGAUGGAAGAGUUGAUAUCAUAACAGUUUUGUGUUUAACUCUCACAGAUCAACAUGAAAUACUUUAUUGCGUUGAUCGUUUUGGCCGUUGCCAUAGCAGAGAUUAACGCCGGAUGCCAACAACAAUCCGACUGUCCUGCUGGAUAUUGUUGUAAAAAAGUCACUUCUUAUACUGAUCCAAACUGCUUCCCUAUGCUGAAAAAAGGAGAGAAAUGCAGUGUUAAAGAUAAUAUUAUAUACGGUAUUUAUCAGUUUAGAUGUCCUUGUGAAGAAGGACUUGGUUGCACACAAUUUGCAGCCGGUAUCUGGGAAGGACAAUGUAAUUAAAAACUGUUUAUAGGUAAUUACAUUAUGUAAUGAAUUUACUGGAAAAUAAAUUUGGUUAAAAUACUCUUUAUGUUGUCUUUCAUU